AUGGGAUAUAAGAUAUAUUCUAACUCUGACUUAGUUCAAACAGUAACAUGGGCAAACUAUGAAUGGUUCGCUUUGAGAAACUCAGUGCAACCACAAGCUAGAGAACAAACAGACCAGUAUGCAACUAUUGAGAAAAUAAGAAGACUUGACCCUAACGUUCCAGGAGUUUAUGUUAACCUUUCUGGUUCAGAUGGAAAUGCUGUCACUAAAGUAAAACUGAAACUUAGAGUUCCUUUGUCGUCUUUCCUCAUCUUCAGGUUUUUAAGAUACUUGCCAAACUGGGCAGGAAAAAUUUCUAUCGAACUUACUCCAAGCAAAAAUAACUUAGUCAUUGCACCAACACAAGACCCAUUCACUCUUACUGUAGCUGGAACUGGUGGAACCAAGUUCUGUGACUUUUGCAAAGAUAAGGUAGACUUAGACUUUGGUUUCUCAAACCUCAACACUGAAGUAAACUAUUAUUUCAAUGCUGCUGGAGAUGCUUGGGACCCAGUUAAGUUCACAUGCGAAAAGUUUGAAUGCAAGAGAAUAGAAAGCAGACUUGCAGUCUAUAUGUUGGACCCAGAUAUUUCAAAUGCUUUAGCUGCCAAAUAUAUUGCAGUUCCACUUAUGUUCCCUAUACACCAAAUAUCUGUCAAAGACUUUGCAGGUGAAGUUGGAAACCAAAGUGCUGACCCAGGUGCAAGAACAGAUAUUGCUUUAACAACUGCAAUGAAACAUGCAGAUACUAU